AGUUAGGGGCAAGAUGCGAUGACCGUUGAGUAAUAAUCAUUCAGAAGAGGAAAAAUUAGAGGACUAACGGACUGAAGGACAAGUCAGACCACGCUUUUUGUGCUACAUCGUGGGCAGCUCCGCUAUGGAUGGCCUCCCGGGGCUUCAACAGGCUUGAAACUGUACCUGGACAAGGUACAAAAUUGUUAAAAAAGUGUUCUUUUUUGUAGUAAGAUAUACGCGCAUCUCAAUCAAUGAGCACGUCUAUCUAAAUCGUUUGAAGGUGUGAGUGCAAGGAUAAGUCCUGAGAGAUUGCUACUAGAGUGGUCUGAAAUUUGAAGGAGAGGCGUACUAUUUUACAGGAUUGGGAGUGUCUGGUUUAGACAGGGAAAGAGAGGAAGGCUGCCCUUAGUUGUUACAGUUUUGCGUUUAAUAUGUAUACAGUGACGAAGUGCGGUACCGAAAUUUCAAGGAACCAGAUGAGAAAUCUUUGUAUAGUUGCGGGGUUUGACAAAAAAGAGUGGUUUUACCGGAGGGCGGUACGAGUGUGUGUAUUGGCGAAAAUAAAAAAUUAAAAGAUUUGACACAUUGGUAGGAGACAGAUACGAGGACGCUAGGUAUAUCUGGUCCGGAGGCAGAGGAAUAUUGAGUCUGACGCUUGUCGAAUGUGCUACGGCAAAAGGCCUUUUGUCAAAGAUCACCAGAUGGACUAUGGGGGCAAAGAUUGCGGUCUUAAGUACUUGCGCGCUAUAAGAAAAGGAUGAGAAGUGUGCGCGCGUAGAGCUCCGAUCCUAGUAUAAAAGUAGUUCCUUGAGUGAUUGAAUGAAGCGAAGAAUACGUUGACCCCGAAUGAUAGAGUGUUGAGGAAAUGUAUGGAGAAAAAGUAUACUUGACCUUAGAAGUGAAAUUGCUUCUUUUUUUUUAGUUUUUUCGCGUAUUCUCUUAACGUUAGUUCUACAUUACAGGCAAUGGAUGUGAAAAAAACUGAAAAGGAUGGUCGCUUUACGAUGUUUUUGAAGCAUUUUUUGGCUGGGACAGUCGCCGGAUGGGCCCAGGUAUUGGUAGGGCAGCCGUUUGACACAGUAAAGGUGAGACUGCAGACGGCGAGCGAGGCAAAGUAUAGCGGCUCUAUGGAUUGUGUGAAGAAGAUUCUAGUAAACGAGGGAAUUAGAGGGUUUUACAAGGGGACCACGGUUCCUUUGAUAGGAAUUGGCGCGUGCGUGUCUGUACAAUUCGUGGCGUUGUCUCAGAGUAAGGACAUGUUCAUGCGAUAUAACAUGCGGAGAGCGGAGGAGAGGUCGGAAAAGCCUGUGGUCGGUUUGACAUUGCCGCAGGUGACGAUAGCUGGAAUAAUUUCUGGAAUAGCGAAUGGUCCACUGUCGACGAUAAUCGAGCACAUUCGUAUUCGUUUGCAAGUGCAGAGUGGACAAUCUGUAAGUCCGUUUAAACUGAUGCCUCAAAUAGUGCGGACGUUUGGAUGGAGGGCAUUGUGGAAGGGUUGGAAUGCGACAUAUUGUCGUGAAAUACCAGGCUUCGGGUUUUAUAUUUUGACAUAUGAAUUGGCGAUCAGAGCGGCGACGCCUAAAGAUAAGACGGUGAACGACGUCGGGAGCGCCGCUUUGCUCUUGUGCGGUUCUCUGAGCGGUUUGGGCAUGUGGCUCACAUGUUACCCGUUGGAUGUGGUCAAGUCUAGAAUACAGUCGGACAGUUUAGACCGAGCGACGGCGGAAUACAAGAGUACUUUGGAUUGUUGGAAGAAGACCUUUCGAGCGGGGGGUGUUCGAGCCUUUUACAAGGGGUUUUGGGCGUGUAUUCUUAGGUCUAUGCCUGUGAAUGGAGCGACAUUCCUGGCAUAUGAAUUGGCCAUUAGAAUGAUGGGUGGACGCGAAGUUUAAAGGGCAUUUCCCUCUCUCUGGUCGAGUAAAAGCAACAAUAGUAGCGCUAUGAAUGUUUAUCCUGAGGGGCGAUUUUACGUCUUUUCGAGUAUAGAGAAAUAAACGGGGGUUUUUUAUCGUGAAAGUUUGUGGCGAUCUGAACAGCGAAAAAAAUACGUAGGGAUUGCGGCAUCAUUAUUGAGAAGUUUGUUUUCCGUGUCUAGACGUGUUGGUUUCGUCCUCAAGUUUGAGCGACGGGCUUGAAUUCCUCGCGUUUCAGAAAGAAGACAGACAGAAGAAAGGGAAGAGGGCUGGUGGACGCCAGGAAAUUCUCGUUUCACCGAUAUCGGGUGUGGUUUUCGUCAUCUAGAGCUUUGUACGUUUGAUACGAACGAAAGGUGUGGAUGAUUCGAACGGAUGGGUUUUGCGUGCGGUUCUGAAAAAAAAGAGUCUGCUUCAGGAACGUUGCCGCUCUUACGCGCGGAGAAGGUGCGAGCGAGUUGGGUCCUGGUGUCUCGUGGAAGAGGGGAAGAGAUUGCGACAGGAGGGGGAUGAGCAAAAAGGGUGUGCGAUAUUUGUGUGUAGGCGGGUGGUUGUGCUUUUGUGUUUAUGUAUGGUUGGUUUAUAGGGGGGGCUUUUUAGCGGUGGUGUGGAGGAGCCAGGUGGAUAGAGUGAGAAGGACGAGGGAUCCGGUUUGAUGGGCAGCUGCUAAUGGGAUGGGUACGAAGUAUAGAAGGGUGGCUAGGCCCAGGCUUGCUUGGAUCCAUGAGGCGGCGGCGAUUGAGUUAAUGGCGUAUCUGGUGGAAGGGUUUAGAGGUUGCUUGCGUGACAGAAGGAAUAAGAGGUUGGAGGACAGGAAUGUGGUUAUGCCCAACACGCGGUGGUUGAAUUGCGCGGUUGCGUCGUUUUCGAAGAAGUUUUUCCAGAAGGGUUUCAAUUUCCAGUAUUCCAUCGGGACGAGUUGGUCGCCCAUGUAUGGAAAUUCGUUGUAUACCAGGCCCGCAUCUAGUCCGGCGACUAGUGCGCCGCUCAUUGAGGUGAGGAAUAUGAGAGCGACGAGUGCGCCGGAGGCGGAUCUGAGCCAGGUGGGGGGAGGAAGGAUGGUGGGAGUGCGGGGUUUUAGCAGGUCCAGGGAGGUCCAUAGGAGGCCUAGAUAUAUGAAUAGCGCGGUGCUGAGGUGCGCGCAUAGUCGAUAGGCCGAGACCCUUGGAAUUUGGUCGUCUUGGACUUGAAGUCCGCUUUUUACCAUGUACCAUCCCAGAGCGCCUUGAAGUCCGCCUAGAGCAAGGAACCCGAACAGUUUGAGUGAGAGCGAUUUCGAGAUGUGGCGUUUAGAUACGAAAUAGACGAGGGGGAUGCCGAAUACAAGGCCGAGUGCUCUGCUUAGAAAUCGGUGGGUCCAUUCCCAGUAGAAGAUUUUUUUGAACUCGUCGAGUGUCAUGUCGGCGUGGAGUUUUUUGAAUUCCGGAGAGUUUUUAUAUUUUUCGAAUUCGACGGCCCACUCUUGGUCGGAGAGCGGUGGGAUGGUGCCAGUGACUGGGCGCCAUUCAGUUAUGCUGAGCCCCGAUUCAGUCAAGCGCGUGAUACCGCCGACUAUGACGAUAGAGCAUAUGAAUGCGCAGCAGACAAGGAGCCAGUAUCCCACUCGGAGGCGGGAAUCGGUGGGGGAUGGCUGCACGCAUACUGUGCACAUUUGGCGCCAUU